AAGCCCUAGCUUGUUUGCGCGUUUCCCCUCCGGGCGUUCGUCUAGAAACCUAACGAGUUUUUCCAAGGACGAGGAGCGUGUGCGGGCAGUUAAUGCCGCUCUCUCUGCCUGUUAGAGUAGCCUACCUCCUCUCUCCGCUAAAUUUGCAAUUUCACCGGCACGCAGGCGAGGCGUCUAACACGAAAGGAUGUUUGAAUGCCACUCCUCCAUUAGAUCCAACAACCCUGGAGGUUUGGGUCCUGCUUAUGUGGAAAAUGCAUGAUAAGGUCCUUUAUUGUAGCCUAUUAUACAUGUGCUGUUCACAUAAUUCAACAUUUCCUAUAACUAUAUGUGCCGGAUUAGUCCAUGACUUUCAAACGACUCCAAUUGUAAACUGCAGUCUUUCUGGUUGUGUUGAAAUCAGUGAAGUUUUAGUUUAUCUUAUAAAUCUCUUUCGCAUUGAGGACUGGCCUAUUGUCACUUAGGGACUCGAGUCUUUAUCCGACACAAUCCUAACUACUGCCAUAACAAGAGAACAGAGAAUACACAAGGAAUACACAUACUGGUAGAUAUCGCAUGUUGCUGACGAGUGAAAAGAUGCAAUUAGCGCCGCUCGAUAUGAAGUCACCCCCAGUGCCCCGCAUCAGAGAAGAGCUGAGUAUGUGACUGUGCGGAGCCCUCAUCCGGUCGGAGGCGUACAGUAGAUCGCCCUGAAGUCAUUCAUCUCUAUCCGCUGGACCCGAAUGUAAUUUCUCGACUAGAAAGAGACCAUCUGUGCCGGUGUGACUUCGGUGCUACUGCGUACCGGCUACCGGGGUACUUGAGCCAAAUAAUGUUAUGAAACACGCAAGCACUUCGCAAACUUGAACGCAAGCUGACAGGCACGCACACACACACACAGUUUCUGCAGCAGCGCGCAGCGUACGGGACACUAGCCUCUCUUCUGCGUAGCGCAGAGUGUUUUACGCGUUUUGAGAGAGGUGAAGAAAUGGUCGUCACAAAAGGUCGACUGUCUGGAGUGGACUGAGUCGGAUAUUCCCAAUAUCCCUGGGUCCAGAGGUUGGAAUACAAGACUCUGUGGACUAUUACGGGGCGCUGACCGUUUAUCAAAAAGUGAUUACCGAGAGCUGGGAUGCCUUGUCUCUCCAAAGGAUGUGUGUGUGUGACAUCAACUGCUCGGAAUUGUGCUGAGCCCAGCAGCAGGCAAACUGAGGCCCCAUCACCCCCAGCCCCCAUCGGAUGAACGCCCCAUUCCCAAGAGGGGGUGCGUUUAAUGCAGCCUCUCUACUGUCCCUAACCUGUCACCUUUGACCCCUCACCUUUGACCCCGGGAGCGGCCCUGUCGCCCCCGAACGCCAGCCGUCGCCAUGCCGAUCAUCAGCAACGCCAACCACGACUUCAGCAACCUGUCGAUGAGCGACGACAGCAGCCUGGACCAGAUCUUUACCGAGAUCCCAGAGACGGAGACCAUCAAGGGCGUAUACUACCAACGCGCCCGCCUGGUGCGCCGGCCCGAGGACCUGCUCUCGGUGGACCCGGCCCUGCAGGCCGUCAUCAACGUCGGCGGCAACCGCUACACCUUCCCCUGGAGCACGCUGGAGCAGUUCCCACUGACGCGGCUGGGUCGCCUGCGUCCCUCCAGCAGCCCCGAGGAGAUCGCGUGCGUCUGCGACGACUACGAUGAGGCGUGCCACGAGUUCUUCUUCGACCGCAGCCCCUCGGCCUUCCGCGUCAUCCUCAACUUCCUGGCGGCGGGCAAGCUGCGGAUGCUGCGUGAGAUGUGCGUGCUCUCGCUGCACGAGGAGCUGACCUACUGGGGCGUGGAGAUGGCCUACAUGGAGCGCUGCUGCAAGCGCAAGAUGUUAACGCGCCUGGAGGAGGUGGCUGCGAUCGAGCGCAGCGAGGAGGAGUUGCGACAGCGGGUCGCGCAGCAACGCCCCCCGGUGGCCGAGACGCGCUACCGCAAGAUAAUGGGACACCUCAGGGACAUGGUGGAAAACCCCCAGUCAGGGCUGCCAGGGAAGAUCUUCGCCUGCCUGUCCGUCAUCAUGGUGGCCGUCACUGUGAUUAGCCUGUGCAUCAGCACUAUGCCUGAUCUGAGAGAGGAGGAGAGCAGGGGCGAGUGUUUGCAGAAGUGUCAACACAUGUUCAUCGUGGAGACGGUGUGCGUGGCCUGGUUCUCCCUGGAGUGGGUGCUGCGCUUCGUCCAGGCGCACAGCAAGCUGCAGUUUCUGCGAGGGCCGCUCAACAUCAUCGACGCCAUGGCCAUCCUGCCCUACUACGUGUCCCUGAUCGUGAACGAGGACGACCCGAGCGAGGACGAGGGCGCCGCGGGCGGCAGGGGCUACCUGGACAAGCUGGGCCUGGUGCUUCGCAUCCUGCGGGCCCUGCGGAUCCUCUACGUGAUGCGGCUGGCGCGCCACUCGCUGGGCCUGCAGACGCUGGGGCUGACGGUGCGGCGGAGCACGCGGGAGUUUGGCCUGCUGCUGCUCUUCCUGUGCGUGGCCGUUACACUCUUCUCGCCGCUGGUGCACCUGGCCGAGAGCGAGCUGAGCGCCGCGGGCGCGCAGGACUUCAGCAGCAUCCCCGCCUCCUACUGGUGGGCCAUCAUCUCCAUGACGACGGUGGGCUACGGCGACAUGGUGCCGCGCAGCAUCCCCGGCCAGGUGGUGGCGCUCAGCAGCAUCCUGAGCGGCAUCCUCAUCAUGGCCUUCCCGGCGACCUCCAUCUUCCACAUGUUCUCCCGCUCGUACCAGGAGCUCAAGGCCGAGAACGACCGCCUGCUCAAGGAGGAGUUUGCUGCUGCUGCCGCCGCCGCCGCCUCCGCCUCCGAUCUGGACGGGGAGGGGGGAGGAGGCGAGGAACUCGACUACCCCCUGCCAGGGUUAUCCGCCACCCCGGAGACAGACACCCCCGGGGCCAUGGAGAACCUCUCGCUGCUGGGCAACAGAGCGGAGCGCUCGGGGAACAACCUGCACAACCUCCCAGCCAGCGCCUUCUAAGGUCGGGUGGAGGUCAGGCGGAGGUCGUGAGGCUCAGACAUUAAAGAAACUGAGAGAAUAAUCCCCCAGGCAGCUCCACGGUCAACCCCAACACACACACACACACACACACACACACACACACACACACACACACACACACACACACACACACACACACACACACACACACACCUGAUCCCUGGAGGGUCUGAGACAGAUGGACCCCUUCCUCACCUGCACUGUCCAUGUCUUCCACACUUACCCUCUGAGAUCAAAGAGCCCAAAUGAAAAGGCUCUCCUCAUUCCCACUUACUCAAGGACACUAGACUGAAAGGCAAAGAAAUAAGCAAUAAUUUAACGCUCAACCAAGUUCUUGUAAAACUGAGGGCACGAGAUUGGUUUUUGACCGAGAAUGAACCCCUUUAAGGAGUUGUGACACCAAACAGCUUCCAAUUCUCACCUUUGCUUUGAUCUAGGAGAUGUUAUCACCGGAUGUAGGUGACGCACACACCUUUGCAUUGAUCUAGGAGAUGCUAUCACCGGAUGUAGGUGAAGCACACACACCUUUGCAUUGAUCUAGGAGGUGCUAUCACCGGAUGUAGGUGAAGCACACACCUUUGCAUUGAUCUAGGAGACGUUAUCACCGGAUGUAGGUGACGCACAUACCCCACUCCCCCUUGCUUGUUAACAGGUUCGAACAGGUUAACGGACCUGGCAUGGUUUCCUUGAUUGCUGUUCCUAAAGCUCCCGCUCUCUUACAUAAAGCCCCCAGACAGCGAGGUCAUGGUGUGACUGCAGGCUUCUUCAUCUUCUCAAUCUGAGAGAGGGAACACAUUUAAUUGAGUGAACGUUGCGAGACCCUGGAGGAGGAAAAAAAAAUAAAAGCACUCAUAAUCUCAA